AUGAAUGAUAUUUAUGCAGCACUUGAAAAUAGUAAAGAAACAGCUGAACUUCUUAUUUCACAUGGUGCGAAUAUCAAUGAAAAAGAUAAAGAUGGAGAAACCGCACUUCAUUUUACAGCAUAUAAUAAUAGUAAAGAAACAGCCGAACUUCUUAUUUCACAUAGUGCGAAUAUCAAUGAAAAAAAUAAAUAUGGAGAAACCGCUCUUCAUAUUGCAGCAAAAUAUAAUAAAAAAGAAACUGUAGAAGUUCUUAUUUCACAUGGUGCGAAAAAAUAA